AUGGUGAUUGCGACGGAGGUGGUGGUGGGUAUGUUUGUGGUUGUUGUGGUGAUGGAGAUAAGCACGGUGGUGAUGGUGGUGGUGAUCAUGAUGGUGAUAAGUACAAUCGGCGGUGUUGAUGUAGGUGGUGGUCAUGUUGGUGAUAAGUACUAUGGUGGUUGUUGUAGCGGUGGUGUUUAUGUAGGUGGUGGUUAUGUUGGUGAUAAGAACUAUGGUGGUGGUUGUAGCGGUGGUGUUGAUGUAGGUGAUGCUCAUGAUGGUGAUAAGUACUAUGGUGGUGGUUGUAGCGGUGGUGUUGAUGUAGGUGGUGGUCAUGUUGGUGAUAAGUACGAUGGUGGUGGUGAUGGGGGCUAUGGUGAUAAACACGGUGGUGGUAUGGUGGUGUUGGUGAUAAGUACGCUGGUGGGUGUGCUCACCAUGGUGAUAAAGUACGAUGGCGGUGGUGCACAUGCUUUUGAUAAGUUCCAUGGUGGUUUUGUUCAUGGUAGUGAUAGGUACGGUGGUGGUGAUGGUCAUGAUAGUGAUAGGUACGGUGGUGUUGGAGUUGAAGUUGGUCUUGAUGGUGAUAAGCACAGUGGUAGUGGCGGUGAUGUUGAUGGCGGCGGCGGUGGUGGUGGUGGUUACGGUGGUGGUUGUGGUGAUCAUGGUGAUAGAGGUGGUAUUGGUGCUGCUGAUGGUGAUAAACACGGUGGUGGUGAUGGUGGUGGUGGUCAUAAUGUUGUUAAGUACGAUGAUGUUGGUGAUUAUGAUGGUGAUAAGUACGAUGACGGUGUUGCACAUGCCGUUGAUAAGUACCAUGGUGGUUUUGUUCAUGGUAGUGAUAAGUACGGUGGUAGUGGUGGUGGUGGUGGUGGUGGUCAUGAUAGUGAUAAGUACGGUGUGGUUGGAGGUGAAGGUGGUCUUGAUGGUGAAAAGCAUGGUGGUGGUGAUGGUUGUGGUUGUUGUGGUGUUGGAGUUGGUGGUGGUGAUGUUGUUGGUGGUGAUGGUGGUGGUGAUGAUGGUGGUAGUGGAGAUGGUCAUGUUGGUGAUAAGUACGGAAGUGGUGAUGGUCAUGAUGGUGAUAAGUACGAUGGUGGCUGUUCUCAUGAUCGUGAUAAGUACGAUGGUGAUUGA